AUGGAUUCAUCGACGACAAGUGUUGUUUCUUCAUUUCUUGAGGCUGCCUAUGAGGGCGAUAUCAACCGCAUGAAGGAUCUAUUGUCCAGCAACUCUGAUCUGUCUGUUAAUGUUCAAGACUAUGAUAAGAGGACUCCUCUUCAUUUGGCUGCUGCUGGUGGUCAUAUGGAUGCUAUCAUCUACCUGUUAGGUGAAGGAGCUCAGCUGAAGACUGAUCGUUUCGGCAUGCUUCCUAUCCAUGAUGCCGUGGUGAACCAGCACAACGACAUCAAGGAAGUGCUCAGUCAGCUCGACCUCAAGUGUGACGGUGGUGUGUGUUAUCUCUCCCCUGAGAAUGAGGAAGCUUUGAAGGAGCAAGUGAAGAACACUAACAUCUCCCUGACCCCUGAGGAUUUGGAAACUAAGAUGACUCAGGUCUUCUCUAUCAUCAUCAAGGAAGGUGUACUCGCUGCCGGCUCUCUUUGGCAAGAGAUUGCUUACUACUUUGCUGAGCUCGGCCUUCACCCCAGCUACUUCAAGCACUUCACCAGUGCUCAGAUUGCCAGACACCUUCAUUGCCUUAUCGCUGCUAAGAAGGUUGCUGAGGCUACUGAGUCUGACUAUAUCCAUUUCGAGAUUGAGGAUGCGGAUUCGGCUUUCUAUCUCACCACUAUGGAGCCUGAGAAGGUCGCCAUCACUGAUGCCAAGGUUGCCGAGUACAUCAACACUGCUCAGGAUUGUGGCUUCUCUGUCACCUUCCUCAAGUCUGAAAAGCCUCCCAUGCCUGAAGGAAAGUUCCCUCUUGGCGUCUUUGUUGUUGAUAAACAACAGUUUGACUCCAGUGUCAAGUUCGAGGACAUGAUGGAUGAGACCGAUCUCCAGCUUGUGGCUACCCCUCGAUUCCUUCAGGAGAGAUCUGUUGAAGUACAGAAGCUUUACCAGACUCUCAUUGACGAGACCAUGGCUACUCGCAACACUGUUGUUAAGGUGUUCGAUGCUCCUGCUAACUUGGCUCAGAAGUCCGGCGCCCAAGUGUUGCAGCUUGCUGCCUUCGAUGUGGAUCGUAAGGGAAGUGCUUACAUCUCUGAGAUCAACGAAUGCUUCCGUUCCCAUAAUGUCGAGCCUAAGAGGUUCUAUGUAGAUUCCUUCGCCAAUGGCGUUGUCACCUACACCUGUUUCUUCGACCCUACUUUCCAGGGUGAGGCUUUGGAGAAGCUCGCGCAGACUCUCCGUUAUGUGAGCCACUUCAAGCAUAACCCGAGGAAGUCCGCAUUGGUGUGGGAACUUGUACUCAACAAUAUGAUCACGCCCGAGCAUGCUAUCUUCCUUAUUACUGCUGCCAAGUUCAUCUUCUCUUUCUUCCCCAAGGAGACUGAGGAGUAUCUUGCUUUGGCUGACUAUUUCAAGAAUGAUCCGUCCAAGAAGAGUGAGUUGGAUAGUUUAUUCAGAGAUACCAUGGCUAAUGCUAUCACCUAUGAGAGGAUCUAUGAUGCUCUUAGUUCUAACUAUGAGCUCACUCUACCCAUGUUCGAUGACUUCAAAAAGGUUGCCACUGGUCUCUCCAAGCCCUUCUACAAUCAGGAGUUGGCUGACAAGGUUGACGAUCAAGUUGGAUCUCGUUUCGAUGCGAAGAUCUUGAAGACUUUGUUAAAACUCAGUGCUCAUCUGCAGAUGACUAACUUCUUCAAGGCGGGUACAGCUUCUGCCAUUGCAAUGAGGUUUGAUGGUGAGGUCCUGGCCGAUCGUCCGAGGACUCUCUUCCCCAGGAUCCCUUAUGCUGUUUAUCUGGUCGUUGGCAGAAGCUUCUACGGCUUCCACAUCCGAUUCACUGAGAUCGCUCGUGGUGGUAUCAGGCUCAUUCUGUCCAGGAACAGACAGGUGUACAAGAAGAACUGCGCUACUUUGUUGGAGGAAAACUACAACUUGGCCUUCACUCAGCAGUUAAAGAACAAGGAUAUUCCUGAGGGCGGCUCGAAGGGUACCAUCCUCAUGGAUAUGGACUCUCAGAACUUGAAGACAAGCGGUCGUGAUGCUUUCAAUAGCUAUGUUGAUGCUCUUCUCGAUUGCAUCCUUGCCAAGGAGACCGGCCUCCACUCCAACCUUUCCAAGCCUGAGAUGCUCUUCUUUGGCCCCGAUGAGAAUACUGCUGGAUUCAUGAAAUUGGGUGCUUUGAGAGCCAAGGCUCGUGGUUACAAAUACUGGAAGUCUCUAACUACCGGUAAAUCCGCCGUCCUCGGUGGUAUUCCUCAUGACAAGUACGCCAUGACCACCAACUCUAUCCAUCCAUACGUUGUCGAGCUCUUGACUAAGCUGGGUGUUGAGGAGUCUAAUCUCACCAAAGUGAUGUCCGGUGGUCCCGAUGGUGAUCUUGGUUCUAACGAAAUUCUCAUCUCUAAAGACAAGACAAUUGCUAUCUGUGAUGGUACCGGUGUUGCUUAUGACCCUCAAGGAUUGAAUAGAGAGGAGCUCACUCGUCUGGCUCAUCUCAGAGUUGGUGUUGCCAACUUCUCUCGUGAUAAACUGUCAUCUGAUCCGAAGGCAUUCUUGGUCACCAUUGAUGAUAAGGAUGUAACUCUUCCUAAUGGAGAUCACUUCAAGUCCGGGGUUGAGGUGCGAAAUCAUUUCCCAGAGAUGGAGUACUUCUCUGCUGAUCUCUUCAUCCCUUGUGGUGGUCGUCCCGGUACUAUUAACAUUGGUAAUGUUGAUAAGACCAUGUUCAAUCCUGAGACUAAGGAGCUCAAGUUCAAGUAUGUUGUGGAGGGUGCCAACUUAUUCUUGACCGAUGAUGCUCGUCGAUAUCUUGAGGAUGCUGGUGUCCAGCUAUUCAAGGAUGCUUCCACUAACAAGGGUGGUGUUACUUCUAGCAGUAUGGAGGUGUUCGCUGCUCUUAGCAUGGAUACGGCUGAUCAUGACGAGUUCCUUUGCGCUCGUGAUGAGACUAGUGCUCCUCCUGAGUUCUACGAACAGUACGUACAGGAGAUCCUUGCCGCUGUUCGCCAUAAUGCCAAGAUGGAGUUCAAUGGUAUCUGGAAGACUAACCACGAGGUGAAGUAUCCUGAUGGAUCAAGGUAUAUUCGUAAGACUGAUGCCACCAUCUUAUUGUCUAAGAAGAUCAACGACAUGCAGUCUUACAUCCUUGGCGUACUCGAGGAACACGACCCUGAGAAUGACUGGAUGGUUCGUGCUGUUCUCAGACGUUGUGUGCCCAGAUUGCUUCUUGUUCAUUGUGGUUUGGAUAAGAUAGUCGAGAACACCCCCGAGGCUUAUCUCAAUGCUAUGGUUGCUACUUGGAUUGCUGACGAGUUUGUCUACUCUAACGGUCUGAAGACGAGCGAGUUCGCCUUCUUCCAGUUCAUGCGCUCACUAGAGGAGAAGUCCGAAGGUGAGGUUACCCCUUCUACUAUGUGA